AUGGCCGGAAGUAGCCUCUGGGUAGUUCGAUUGGCUUCCCUUCUUGCAGUCGGAUUCGUGGUCGGCUCCGUCAAGGCCAGUCCGGGAGAUGCUCAUCCGCAGUACAGUCUUCCACCCAUAAUAUCUGGUUUCUGCCUGUCCUUUUUUCCUGCACUCUAUGGACUCUUAAAAGUGACUAUUAAGUUUGUGGAUGUAUUUCGUACAAAAACUUGUGUGAAGGAGUGUCAGAAUACAGGGAUUACUGGAAGUAACAUCAUCAGCCACUGUCAGUCCCGGGAUAACGACAGCACAUCUGCUGGAAGUUCUUGGUAUACACAUGAGCCCCUUUACUUGCAGUGGAAGCAACAGAACUGUAUGACAGACUGCCGCUACUACUGCAUGAUACAAAGAGAAGAGCGACGGCAAUUAGGUGGCCUGAGCCCUGUUAAAUAUCAUGGAAAAUGGCCCUUCAAACGUGUUUCUGUCUUCCAGGCAUGUUUUGGCUUAUUACCUCUUAGACCUCAGACGAAGAGGACAUACUACGAAUACACUGGCUUGUGGCAUAUCUAUGCAAUAUUAUCACUAAAUGCAUGGUUCUGGAGCACUAUAUUCCAUACUAGGGAUAUUGACUUGACCGAGAAAAUGGAUUACUCUUCAGCUGUGGCCCAACUUGGCUACUCUUUAAUCCUUACAUUGCUAAGAACUUUCAAUGUCAAGGAUGAGGCUGGCAGGGUGAUGUUUGCUGCACCUAUUCUAGCAUUCGUUACAACACACAUCUUGUAUCUUAACUUCUACGAACUUGACUACGGAUGGAACAUGAAAGUUUGUGUGGCAAUGGGUGUUGUUCACAUUGUCGCAUGGACAACCUGGGCCGUUGUGACCCAUCAUCCAUCACGAUUCAAGGUUUGGAUCGUCAUAUUCGGAGGAGCUCUAGCAGUGCUUCUUGAAGUGUAUGACUUUCCUCCGUACAAGGGGUAUGCUGAUGCACAUUCGCUGUGGCACGCGAGCACCAUUCCUCUCACCUAUCUUUGGUGGACCUUCGUUAGAGACGAUGCAGAAUUCCGCACCUCCACACUUGUUAAGAAGGCCAAGUAG